CUUGUCCAGUGGAAAACCUAUCAGAGACAGAAGUCCACCAUGGAGCGACAAUUGAUUAGUUUCCUCACCGCCCUUACCACCCUGAAGUCCAUACCUUCAGGUUCAUCCGAGGAUAUUGUUAAAUUUCCUUUUAGUAGAGAUAGGGCAGGCAGAACAGUUGUUCACUCGCAGACAUGUGAUAGGAAAUUGUGUCAGUGCCCCUGCUGAUUGGCAGCCGGUUCUAUUGACUCCCUCAUUGGGAAGCUGCACGCUAUUUAUAAUCGGAUGGGCUGCAUCAAUUUUACAAACCCUCUCUCGCAUUCGCUGGUGAAAAUAUCUGAAAUUUACUAGGAAAGAGCAGGCAGGUUCAGCGAUACCCCAAAGCAGGUGGUUCCUCUGCUCUUCUUAAAGUUUAAGAGGCUCCUCUUCCACUUUAGGGGGAAAUAGCAGCCAACACGUCACUCUCCAUUGUCAAUAUCUGCAUCCUUGUUAGGGACCCCACCUUUUUUGUUGUGGAUUUUUUUACUGGAGACAAAGCUUCGGAUUUAGGGUGGCUCUCUUGUAACCAGGUUUUGAGGCUUAAGGAUCAGCGAUUGUGGAAUAUAGUAGUUUGGCAUUCUUAG